AUGGAGCACGGUGAAGAGUUGACGAAUUCCUUUGCCAACAAAGACAAGAAGAGCGUGUCAUCCGGUCCGGCUUUCCAUUCCCAACAACAUUUGCAGAGUCAUGAAAGUCACAGGUCAGUAAGCUCCUCCGUUCAAGUUGGCAAAGCAUCUGCUACUCAUAACCAAGGAAGGAAAUUCCACAAGGAUUUGACUUCUCUCCCAAAGCCAUUAACUGUUGCUGAUUUAUCAGCCACUCCUGAUGAUUCUUCAAAGGUGCGGAUAUCAUUUAAGGGGACACUAGGUUCUUACAAUGAGGAUGCUGCACUCAAAGCCUACCCUAAAUGUAAAACAGUACCCUGUGAUGAGUUUGAAGAUGCAUUUAAGGCAGUUGAAUUAUGGCUAGCUGAAAAGGCAGUUCUUCCAAUUGAGAAUUCUUCUGGCGGUAGCAUCCAUCGCAACUAUGAUUUACUCCUUCGUCAUAGGCUUCAUAUUGUUGGUGAGGUGCAGCUGCCUGUCAAUUUCUGUCUACUAGCUCUGCCAGGGGUCAGAAUUGAGCAGUUGAAACGAGUGCUAAGUCAUCCCCAGGCACUUGCCCUGAGUGACAUUUUCCUGAGUAAGUUGGGUGUAGCCAGGGAAAAUGUUGAUGAUACAGCUAGUGCUGCUCAGUACGUAGCCUCAAAUGGCCUGAGGGAUGCUGCUGUUGUUGCAAGUAUUAGAGCUGCACAAGUCUAUGGACUUAAUGUACUUGCUGAGAAAAUUCAGGAUGACCCUGACAAUAUCACUCGGUUUCUGGUACUUGCUAGGGAUCCAAUAAUUUCAAGGACUGAUAAGCCCUUUAAGACAAGUAUUGUAUUUACUUUGGAAGAAGGGCCUGGGAUAUUGUUUAAAGCAUUGGCAGUGUUUGCACUGAGAGACAUAAAUUUGACAAAGAUUGAAAGUCGGCCCCAGAGAAAACGGCCAUUAAGAGUAGUUGAUGACUCCAACACUGGGGCAGCCAAGUACUUUGAUUAUCUUUUCUAUAUUGAUUUUGAAGCUUCUAUGGCUGAGCCUCGUGCACAAAAUGCUUUGGGGCAUUUGCAGGAAUUUGCAACAUUUCUUAGAGUACUUGGUUGCUAUCCCAUGGACACGACUUUGUAGCUGUCUCGUAUGCACUCUUUUCAUAUCCAUGUCCUAUUUGAGUUAGCGGUAAGAAGUUCUUGUAAACCUUUGGGCAUUACCUCUCACAAUAUAGUGGAUUAGAACUCAAGUUUACAGGUGGUGAUAGGGGAUGCAUUUUGAAGAGAGGUCCCAAGGGGAACAUAUAAAAUGCUUUGAAGUCAGAUUCAAGGUAGGAUUCGAUACAUCAAUUGAAGAUCAUAGCACGAGAUCUACAGGGAAAUUAUCCUAAUCAGUUAGAAAGUUCAAACCAAGCUACAUGGUGUAGCAUACUCUGCAACAGGAUGACACAGUUAAUCCACAUUUAUAAUAGGUACUUUUUUCUUUGUUAAUUUUUUACCCGGAUAUUCCAUAACGUGUAAAAACCCUCCAACUUAGAUUGUACUAGAGAUUUGGGGAUCAAUAGUUGUUAUGCUAACACUAAUUCAGCGUCAUGUAUUAUUUUCGUUGUUAUAGCCAGAGAAAACCGUCUGUUGAGCAAUAUCA